UCGCGCAAAGGAACAACAAGAAUGCACACAAAUAUUGCACAGUAAUUAUUUACAAGCAAGAUGUACAGAGUAACAUCACAUAUUUUAAGUAGUAGGUCUAUGUUGUACUGCCGGCCCGCAGCCGAGUUCCAGCUUAAGUCGGUGAGCCGUUGCGGCCCGCACCUCAAGUAUAAGAACCCGACGGAGCGCGACACGUGCCCCGCGCCGCCGCCGCCGCCGCCAAAGCCGCCCAAAGACGACCGUUUGUUCUGGGGCGCGCUUACUAUGCUGGUUUUGGCGGGAGGGUUCGCUUUCUACGCCAAACAGUCGCCCGAAGUCCGUGACUGGCUCACGCUCCACGCUCCAUGGUUCGACGACUUCAUAGCCAUAGCCUAUGAGGAGAACAUGACCUACAAGGAGUUUGCUGAACAGUGCGUUGAUGAUCUGAAGAAGUACAUCAACGAUUACUCCGAAGAUAGGAAGCCUAAGCAGUGUUCUUUGGAUGGGGAUAUCAAGUCUGUUGAAGCUGCUCCACCACCACCACCUAAAGAUGAAGGGAGUGAUGAGAAACCAAAAUGCGAGGUUCUACCACCUCCAGUGAUCACGAAGGGAAUUUGCGAGAUCGAGGAGUGCAUAAAAGAUCUUGGAGAGGCCGUCAUCAACAACUACAUCACUGCUAAGGACGCUUGCAAUUAUUAUAACACGCUGGUAGAAGAUACCAUGGUGAAUUUCUGUAUGACAAAACUGAAAGAAAUACAUGGCGCAAAAGCCGAACGCCUGGAUUUGGUUCAACAAUCAUCGGACAAUAUUUGCGAUGCUACGACCAAGAUGGACGAGCUAUCCCGCUACCUGGAGUGCGGUGUGCAAGCGCCCAAGGAGCACAUCAACGCGGUCAGAGGCUUGUUAACAGACCUCCGCGAUAAGAUCACGGCGGCCCGCAUGCAGUACCAGUGGGAGAACGACAAGUCGGUGGCGUUGGAUGCGCAAGUUGACAAGGUUUGUCAAACUGUAGAUCCUGCUGCUCCACCACCACCACCUAAAGAUGAAGGGAGUGAUGAGAAACCAAAAUGCGAGGUUCUACCACCUCCAGUGAUCACGAAGGGAAUUUGCGAGAUCGAGGAGUGCAUAAAAGAUCUUGGAGAGGCCGUCAUCAACAACUACAUCACUGCUAAGGACGCUUGCAAUUAUUAUAACACGCUGGUAGAAGAUACCAUGGUGAAUUUCUGUAUGACAAAACUUAAAGAAAUACAUGGCGCAAAAGCCGAACGUCUGGAUUUGGUUCAACAAUCAUCGGACAAUAUUUGCGAUGCUACGACGAAGAUGGGUAAAUAUUUUUAUUGUAUAAAGUUUGAUAGAACGUGCUCCCGGACCAGACUAUAUCUUGUAGAUGAGUUAUCCCGCUACCUGGAGUGCGGUGUGCAAGCGCCCAAGGAGCACAUCAACGCGGUCAGAGGCUUGAUAACAGACCUCCGCGAUAAGAUAACGGCGGCCCGCAUGCAGUACCAAUGGGAGAACGACAAGUCGGUGGCGUUGGAUGCGCAAGUUGACAAGGUCGAAGAGCUAGUGACCAAGUACACCGAUGAGAACCAGACCUUGUUCUCCGGACUGCGAUACGACCACAAGAAGCCGGUGCUACAGGGUGACCCGGAUCUACUGUUGUACCACACUUUUAGAUAUGCGACAAAACUGCAAGUCGAGCUUUGCGAAGCGUCAGCGGGCAUGACUGAGAGAAUCAAUCGAGGGCUUGAAACGCUACCACAGACUGAGAAAGACUUGAAAAAUAGAAAUUACGCGAUACAGGCCGAAUACAAAAAGAGGAAGUAUGAGUUGGACAGGGAAUAUAGGAAACGGGCUGAUGACCAAAGAGCCAAUAACGAUAAGACUCUGAAAGACGCUUUGAAGAAGCAGCUGGAGAGACACGAAGAGCAAUUGCAGAUAAAGUUGGCGCAGAAGGAGAAAGAGACAACAAUAAAACUGAACAAGAUGGUAGCAGAGAAAGUGGCAGCUGAGAAGAAGAUAUUCGCGAACCAACUCGCUGAAAUGGCGGCCAAGCUGAAGAUCGUUGAAGACAAAUUGAAUGCAAGACUGAAAGCAGAGAGAGAAACGCGCCGCUCGCAGCAACUAUGGGAAGCCGGUGCGUCUCUACUCGCAGCUACCAAGAAAGGAGACAAGGUCAUCAGGGUUGACAAGGAGCUGAAGGCAAUCGAGAACGCUUCAGGCGAUGACGACAAAUUGGUCAAGACAGUCCUCAAAGCGAUACCGGAGUCGGUGCGCACCAAUGGCAUAGUGCCAGAGAGCGUUCUGCGAGAGAGGUACCAUAGAAUGGAGAAGGCGGCGCUGAGGGUGGCCUUGGUGGAGCAGGACGGGGGGCCGCUGCCGAUCUACUUCCUGUCCUGGCUGCAAUCCAUGAUGCUCUUUAUGAAGCUAUCAUGCAUUCCUCAAGCCGAACAAGAUAAAUUACCACAGGAGCCGUUCCAAGGUCUAGACACGUUUGACUUACUGCGGAGAGCUAGAUUCUGGAUAGAACGGGGUAACUUAGCGGCUGCACUGCGCUAUGUCAGCUCACUAGAGGGCGCGUCUAGACUAGCAGCGUCCACCUGGUUCGACGCCGCACGUUCACACCUGGAGACCAGGCAAGCGGCCGAGGCGGUGUUGGCCCACGCCGCUGCAUUGGGCCUGCAGUAUAUUUAGACGACCUGUUACUAC